AUGGAGCUCACCAUGGACAACUUGCACACCGUCUCAUCGCAUUCCCAGCCGGGAGACCUCAUGAGCUCUCCGCACGCUCGGCCGUCUCCAUCCCCAAGCUCCACAUCCCGGAAUCUGGUCUCGCACGUUCCCGGUGGGCGACCGGCCAUGGUGUCCGGCAUGGCCUCACUUCUCGAGGGGUCCGGCGGGGACUACCGGACAGACCCAUCCGCCUUGUCGGGACACCUCCAUUCGUCCAUCAGCAUGUGUGAGACCGGGAUGAGCCUUAGUAACACUUACACCACGCUCACCCCUCUCCAGCAUCUACCUCCGAUAUCCACCGUGGCAGAUAAGUUUCACCACUCACACUCGCACCACCACCCUGCCGCCCACCAACGACUGUCUGCUGGGAACGUCAGCGGUAGUUUCACGCUGAUGCGGGAGGACCACCGGGGGCUGACUUCCAUGGGCAAUCUGUACAGUCACUACCCCAAAGAGAUGUCCGUCGCCGGCAUGGGUCAUGGAUCGCUGUCCCCGUUGUCCAGUGGGCUCGGUUCUUUGCACAACACCCAACAGUCGCUCUCCGCCUACGGUCCCAGCACGCACCUCCCAACCGACACCAAGAUGCUCUCGCCGGUGUCAGGGUUCGAGUCUCACGCCUCCAUGCUGUCUCGAAGUGACCAGGAACACCUAGCCAGGAGUUUAGGGGGGCACGGCCACGGCCACGGUUUGAUCUCCAACCUCAACGGCAUGCACCACCACCCACACAGCCACCUCCAUUCCCAGCCGAACGGUGCCGUGAUGAUGGCCGAUCGGGAGAGGCACGGCCACGUUGCCGGUCAGGGAGUGUCGGGGUCGGGCAUCCAGGCGGAGGAAAUCAACACAAAGGAGGUGGCCCAAAGGAUAACGGCCGAGUUGAAGCGCUACUCUAUCCCACAGGCUAUUUUUGCCCAGCGGAUCUUGAGCCGGUCACAGGGCACCCUGUCGGACCUGCUAAGGAACCCCAAACCAUGGAGUAAGCUCAAAUCGGGUCGGGAGACAUUCAGGCGGAUGUGGAAGUGGCUGCAGGAGCCCGAGUUUCAGCGAAUGUCUGCUCUGCGGCUGGCCGCAUGUAAACGCAAGGAGGAGGACCGGGGACGGGAGCGCAGCCAGGUGCCAAAAAAGCAGCGGCUGGUCUUCACAGACCUGCAGCGUCGCACCCUUGUGGCCAUCUUUAGAGAGAACCGUCGUCCCUCCAAGGAGAUGCAGCUCACCAUCUCUCAGCAACUGGGCUUGGAGCUCUCCACCGUCUCCAACUUCUUCAUGAACUCACGCCGCCGCUGUCCAGAGCGCUGGGACGCAGAGGAGCACAGUCUUGGCGUGCACGGCCACGGCUAUAUUCACACUCCCCACGGAAACAGCAGCAGCGGCACCAACAGCGCGUCCCCGAUCCAACCCGGCACUUCGUCUGCAAACACCUUCUCCAAAGCCUGAUGGCUGCAGGACGGAUGGUUGAACAGUUUUUUUGUUUCUUUUUAUAAACCAAACAGUGUUUAAAACUUCUCUUCUGCACAG